UUCAGCAUGUCGCACCCGAUCGACGGGACUUCCGAUCUCGAGGUGUUCGCGUAGUACGCAGAGAGACACGGUGCGUGUCGGAGCGGCCAGGUUAUCUUCCUUGUUCCCCGAGCGAAAAAAAAAACGAUUUCCGUCAGUGUACAAUGGCGCGGGAAUCUCGCGUUCUGGAAUCGAUGUGUGCACGGCGUAGGUGAUGAUCGGUGCUCCCGUCGCGUACAUGUGGCAUGGUGUUUAUAGUGAUACAGGAAGACUCGAAUACCCCGCUGGAUCGACCAGCCCCGACGGUUUUCGGAUACGAGCCGUGUAGCGAGCCGCCAUGAGGCGCAUUAGCGUUGGCGGCAUGAACCGGCCGUCCAAAGCAGUAACCCAGGCGAAGAAGGUUGCACCGCCGGCUGUACCAGACGUGUUCCGGCACUCCGGCUCCUCUUUUGGCUCCGCUGGAUAUGCAAGCAGCGAAGACAGCUGCUUCCUGCCCGGGAACGGAUCUGGCGGGACCACUGACGAUGGUUCGUACGGGAUGCCGUCCGGAAAGAGCCCCGGACCGAUCUUCACCCACCCUGGAUUCGCUUUUCCGCCGGUCGUCGGGAAAUACGCUCAUGCUGAGGAUCAAGGAAUCGACAUGACACAGAGUCCCGGUAGAGACAGUCCAGGCAGUUCAGGAUCAGGUUCUGGUUCCAGGCAUUCCACCGCUUCAUUAGACUCUGGCAGAGCCUCUGGAUAUCAUCUGGGUCCUAGAGGACCUGGUGCUCUUGCCUCGUCACCGAGAUGUUCUAUAAGUUCGCUUGGCAGUCAUCCUGACAGACCGGCUGAUCUAGACGUCGUUCAUGUUUGGUUGACCGAGCUUCAAUUCGAGGAAUACUUUCCUUUGUUUGCUUCAGCUGGCUAUGAUCUUGCUACUAUCACACGUAUGACGCCGGAGGAUUUAACAGCCAUAGGAAUUAAAAAGCCCAAUCACAGAAAACGGUUGAAGGCAGAAAUAGACAAUUUAAACAUCGGAGAUGGCUUGCCAGAGCACAUUCCUGGUUCUUUGGAGGAGUGGCUCAGGCUUCUACGACUCGAGGAAUAUCUUGGUGCUCUUCAUCAACAGGGUAUGCGUUCAGUCGAGGAUGUGACGAUUCUCACCUGGGAGGACCUCGAGGACAUUGGUAUUGUCCGACUGGGCCACCAGAAGAAGUUAUUGUUGGCCAUUAAGAGAGUCAAAGAUAUUCGUGCCGGUAAACGCAUACAGCCGCUCGAUCUUGCCCGGUUACCGCCACAUCCUGGACAGACACAGGACGUAGUUAUUCAACGGGGAGGUCCUGACCUGCCAUCACCGGAUGAAGAUUGCUCGUCACCGGUCUUGAGGUCUUUCCAGCGAGGAGGAAGUGACACAACGUCUGGUACUGCAUGGAGAAGUAUGUACGCAGCUUUGCCAACCGAUUAUAAUAUGGUUGGACGAACCGGUUCGCGAGGAAAGUCCUUGGAAAGCUUAGAGGAUGCACCCCUCGGGUAUCCUCCGUCGCCAGCGCCAUCUGCGCAUCCACAGCCAAUCGAAUGGCGUCCACGUAGUUUCGAGGAUGGUGAUCUUACUCCUACAAACGACACUUCGAUCGUCGAAGCUGGUGGUGGAACGCUUCCACGUCCAAGACAUUGCCUUGUUCGUCCACGACCCAUAGCCAAGGUCACUGCAACACCGGGACAGUUCAAGUCGUUGCCAAGAGACUUCGACAACAAGUAUCAACUAACAUACGGACUCGAGAGUAGCCCACAUCUUCCGAAACGUUGUCCCCCGUCCCCCCCAAGACGUCAAAGUUCCAGAGAAAAUAGCUCCUCCGUCGUCGGGGGAUCGGGUGUUGGCGACGUUGUGAUUGACUGCAGCGGACCAGUACCAACUGCUUCGUGCGAGGAUCAUCAUAUGCAUCAUCAUCAGCAUCAUCACUUGCUACAUCAUCCAUCACCCCCGCCACCAGCGCCUGCAGCAGCACCGUCGACCCCGCCGCAAAUGAAUCGACCGCCUUCUUCCAUGUCACGUUCUUGGGGAAGUGUCAGUGCUAAUGUGAACGAGGAACAUGAAUUAAUUGCUUCGUUGGCUUUGCAACACCGUAAUGGCUCUGACGCCAGCUUUAAGUCAAGCUCCAGUACAGAAUCCGAUUCACUUCCGUUCGCAAAUGAAAAUGCUGGAACAAUAAAACAGAGAUCUGCUCGCGCCCAGGAGUACGCAAGUAAUAAUUCUAGCAACAAUAUUCAGAGUCACAUAAUAAGCCAUCAUUCCAGCAGCACCGAACCAGCCGAUGUGUUGAACGAUAUCGGCAAUAUGCUUGCUAACCUCACCGACGAACUCGAUGCCAUGCUCGAAGAAGAAAAACGUCAGGGCCUGAAUUCGUAAUCAUCAUUGUCUUCGUUCUAUUCGCCGUUGUCUUCUUUUGAUUACGUUAAUCAACGUUACUACGAAGGACAUAGCUUCUAGCUGCAAGACGCAGUUAAUAGAAACAUAGAUUUCUCCACCAGUAUGGCGCAUACAAGUA